ACUGAACACAAGAGAAUACAGUAAUGAGUUCCAUUGGAGAUAUGAGUGAUGAGAUUCAACACAAAAGUUAUUGGAGGUUUAGCAAACAAGAUUUCUUACCAGAAGAGUCCUUCCAAAGCUGGGGAAACUACCGUUCCGCAUUGUCGGAGACAUGUUUCCGGUUCAAGGACCGUCUCAUCAGCCGGUCAGAUGAUGUCAAUGAGAUUGGGGAGCUUCGGAAACAAAGUGAGAACGAGAUGAAACGUUGCCUCACUUGGUGGGACCUUACCUGGUUUGGAUUUGGUUCGGUCGUUGGAGCAGGCAUCUUUGUGCUCACUGGUCAAGAAGCCCAUGAACAUGCUGGACCUGCCAUUGUGUUGUCCUAUGUUGCUUCUGGAGUGUCAGCAAUGCUCUCUGUAUUCUGUUACACGGAAUUCGCAGUCGAAGUCCCUGUAGCGGGUGGGUCAUUUGCUUACUUGAGAAUUGAAUUAGGAGACUUUGUGGCCUUCAUAACUGCAGGGAACAUACUGCUUGAAAGCAUCGCGGGCAGUGCAGCAGUUGCCAGGGCAUGGACUUCUUACUUCACAAAUCUUCUUAAUCGUCCUUCAAACUCUUUACGGAUCCAUACAAAUCUAGCUGAAGGUUUCAAUCUCCUGGAUCCAAUAGCUGUUGGAGUUUUGGUGAUUGCAGCAACAAUUGCAAUUAUCAGCACAAGGAAAACUUCACUGAUCAAUUGGAUAGCCACAGCACUGAAUACUGCUGUAAUUUUGUUUGUGAUAAUUGCAGGGUUUGCUCAUGCCAAUACAUCCAAUCUGAAACCAUUUUUGCCUUUUGGGGCAAAAGGGAUCUUCCAAGCAGCUGCAAUUGUCUACUUUGCUUACGGAGGCUUUGACAAUAUAGCCACCAUGGCGGAAGAAACAAAAAACCCAUCCAGAGACAUACCGAUAGGAUUGCUUGGAUCAAUGUCAAUCAUUACCGUGAUAUACUGCUUAAUGGCACUUACCCUAUCUAUGAUGCAAAAAUACACAGAGAUUGACAAAGGUGCGGCUUACUCUGUUGCAUUUCAGAGUGUGGGAAUGAAUUGGGCAAGGUACCUGGUAGCACUUGGUGCUCUCAAGGGGAUGACCACCGUUCUUUUGGUAGGGGCGCUUGGACAAGCACGAUAUACUACUCAUAUUGCACGAGCCCACAUGAUCCCUCCAUGGUUUGCUCUUGUCCAUCCAAAGACUGGAACACCAAUAAAUGCAACACUUCUUAUCACCAUUUCAAGCGCUCUCAUUGCUUUUUUCUCAAGCCUGGAUGUCUUGGCAAGUUUGUUGUCAGUAAGCACCCUAUUUAUCUUCAUGAUGAUGGCUGUUGCAUUACUUGUGAGGAGAUACCAUGUCAGAGAUAUCACACCACAAACAAACCUCUUGAAGCUAGCCCUCUUCCUGCUAAUCAUUAUUUCUUCGUCCAUGGGGACUUCAGCUUACUGGGGACUGAAUCCCAAUGGUUGGGUUGGAUAUGCUAUAACCAUUCCUUUUUGGUUCUUGGGGACUAUUGGAUUAUCGAUGUUACCUCAACAGAGAGAGCCAAAGGUUUGGGGCGUUCCACUGGUUCCAUGGCUUCCAUCCUUGUCAAUUGCAAUAAACAUCUUUCUAAUGGGAUCUUUGGGUGCUGAGGCUUUUGAAAGAUUUGGUAUUUGCACAGUGGUGAUGCUCAUUUACUAUGUCUUCUUUGGUCUCCAUGCAACCUAUGACAUGGCUCAUCUGCAUCGCAAGGCACAAUCAACGGAAGUUAAUAAUGAAGAUAUGAUUGGAAGAAAAGGACCUUAAGAUUAUUUUCUUCAUCCUUAAGUUACCAAUUGCCAAAUUAUUGUAUGUCCUGAUAUUAGUAUCUGAACCACUAUCUGAUUGUUUCCAAGCAUAAACAAAAGAUGUACUACUUUGCAAUUUAAUGAAAGGAAAAAUCAUUAUAGAGUGAAA